GAGUGAGAGGUGGUGUCCUGGAGAGAGGUGCUCUCUCCAGGUGUCUGAACCGUCCCUCAGUUGAGUGUGGACCGCGCAGCGCACAGAGUCCUACUGCUCCAUGUCAUCAUGAUAAGGCACUCCAUUGUGCUGGUACUGUUGUCUGGUAUUUCAGUAUUAGUAUCAAAUGUAGGAGCAGACGAUGAGCAAGGUGUGAAGAGGCUGCAGGCGAGGAGGAUAGCUUCAGGGCCGUUGCCGUUCCAAGGUCACUACCGGGCUGGCGGCAAUGGACCCCGCGAUGGGCGACGCCCCCGCCCCUCGCUGCCCGCUCCACCCUAUGCUGUGCAAAUGGAGCCACUCGUUCAGUACUCGCAACGAGACCCUCUCUACCAUCAGAAGAACGCCAUCAACAUAACCGCAACCAAUGACAACAAACUGGGACUGUCACGUGCUGACAAUCAGCCUGAAUCAACCAACAGCAUUUCAGACACAUUGAAUAGCCUAUCAGAAGCCCAAAACCGCUAUGACAAUCUUUACCCUCAUCAUCACUAUUAUAAGGAACCUGAACCAAUCAUUGAAAUCAUCAUCAAGGAAUCAAAUGAAUCAUUGCCAGCCCCACCCACCCCUGCUCCAGCUCAGCAGUUGCCACCAAAGAAGGAACCAGUUCAAGUUUUCUACAUCAAAUACAAGAAAAACCCGAACUCGUAUGGUAAGAAUGGUGAAGAUGAUAUCAUUUAUGAGCCUCCAAUUCCAGCCCUAACACCUCCACCCGGCGAACUGGAAGGUGACACAGAGCAUCAGUCUUCCAUAGCUCAUGCUCCCACACCUGCACCGCCACCUCCACCCCCACCUCCAAGCACCACCCUUCGAACCAUCAUCCAUCCAGAUUCUGAAGUUUUCCAUGGAUCAGGACUGCGUGUGACAUUUGGAGAAUCAGAAACACACUACUCUGAUGCUGAGCAAGAAGAGCAGAGUGCACCUGAACCUUCCAUUUCCCUACCAACUUCACAAGGGCCUGCUGCUCAGAACAGAGACUCAACAGGUGUUCAGAUUAAGAGGCAGCAGCAAUUCCCUACUUACACUCCUCUGCAACCAGGAACCUAUCAAACACCUCCUCCACCACCUUCCUCUCAAAGCAGUUUCCCACAGCCAUCUCAGACAUCCUCAUUUGUAAAGGAUCAAUUUCCAAGGCAGAUAUCUCAACAUCAACAACCAGCUUUCAGACCACAGCAUACUGGCAAUCUUCUUUCACAGUCGCAUUCCUCCCAUAAUCAUGCUAAUCCCUCACAUACAUCACAGUUUGCUUCACAGCAACAACAGCCCAAAUUCCAGCAAUCAGCUCAGCAGAUACAAUUGCAUCAGAAUCAUCAGCAGCAGCAACGUGAAAGACAACCAAGCAAUCAGCACUUCAAUAGUAAUGGUCAAGGAAAUACUUUGAGAUCACAGAAUGUGAGACAAAAUCAGCAGCCUCAACAGUUUCAGCACUCACCCCAGCAGACACAUCAGGCUCAGAGGCCAUUCUACAAGUCAACUGAUCAAGCACCACCAAGGCAGCAUUUCCAUCAACCAGUAGCACAAGCCACACAGCAGCACUCUCAGCUGACACAUCAGUCUGAAUUGACAUCUCCAAGUAACAAUGUUCAAUAUUCUCAAUUCCGCUCUCAACCAAUCCAUGUUCAAGCCCAGCCCAACACUCAGCAGCCUCAGCAACACCAUCAUCACACUCAGGUGGAACAGAAAAAUCAACAUGGGCAGUACAAUCAAUUACAAGGACAGAGACAAGGCAUAACUCAAGCACACUUUCAACAACAGCAAAAUAAUCAUGCCCCACUUGGUAGUCAAGACCAUUCAAAACAUCAGCAUAGCCCCUCACCCCAACCAAGCAUUGCAAGUAUUCAACCAUCUAGUCAUGUGCAGCAACCUACAUCUUUAAAUUUCCCUGUUGUUAAUCGCCAAAGACCAAAAAGUCCCUUACAAAUUGAGUUUGAAAGACAACAACAACUGAGGCAGCAACAGUUGCAGCAACCACAACAGCAACAGAAUUCUCAGCAACAACUCAAUCUACAACAACAUCAACACCAACAACAGCAACAACAACAACAGUAUAAACAGCAUCAACAUCUUCAGCAGCAACAUCAACAGCAGCAACACCAACAGCAACAACAUCAUCAAACUCAACAGCAACAACAGUACCAACAACAGCACAAACCUAUUGGUAAUUUGCAGCAUCAGAAGCAAAGUCAUAAUAAUCAGCAGCAACAACAACAAUAUCAAGCUCAGCCACAACUUAAUGUACAAAAGCAACAACAAUAUCAAACUCAGCCACAACUUAAUGUGCAAAAGCAACAACAAUUUCAAGAAUAUCAAGUUAGUCAACAGAAACUACCACCUGCUAGACCUCCACAGUAUCAAACCCAGCAAUUCAAAAACAAUCAACCGCAAAAUCAACAGCUGAAUAAUUAUAAAACAGCCCAACAUCAGCAAGUGAAUGUGCAUCAACAUUCUCACUUCAAUAGUCAGCCAACACCUUCAAGUGGAGAAAUUAUCAAAUCGAUACCAAAGCUAGAAGAGCAUCAAGUCCAGUCUACUCCCCAACCAUCUCCUGUCUACUUUGAGUCAAGUCAGCAAACUUUCUCAUCUAAUCAGAGAAAAGUGCCUCAGAAAUCAUCUCACAGACAUAAUAAUCUUGAACAACAACAAUCAGUGAAAUAUAACAAGGAACCUAUUUAUACAACACAGCGUCCAUUCAUUUCGUCCACUACAGUUAUAACACCAAAGCCUUUUAAGACAUAUGCUCAUCAGCAACCAUCUUCUACUACAUCUCAAAGUAUAACUCAAGAUGAAGAGAUUAAUCCAGAGCAGGAUGAGAAGAUACUAUAUGAGCGCAGAGAGAAGGAGAAGAAGAAACAUGAACAAAAUGUUGCUGCUUUGCCAAGUGAAGUACCUGAUGAUCUCAGAGAGCAGUUGUUGUCUUCAGGUAUUCUAGGCAAUGCUGACAUUCAAAUUUUAGAUUAUGACAAAGUUGGGGACAUUCCAAUUGAAAGUUUGCCUCCUGAAGCACUUGAAAAUCUGUAUGGAGCUGGAAGUGCACCAGUGCCAGCAGUGGCUACGCCUGAGGAAUCAGAGCCCAAGACACCAGUUGAGAUGAAAGUUGUACGUUACGAUCCAUCAACAAAGGAAGGUCAAACACUGGCUGAGACUUACGUGAAAGAAGACGCAACUCAGCUGGAUCCUGUUGUACUCAACGAUUCAAGGUAUAACCGAUAUCUACCACUGAAAGUGAAUGGUACAAACUUCCCUCUUCCGGAUGCUCCGCAAUUGGAUGGAAGAAUUAUUAACAGUGUGGUGGUGCUGGCACCAGUUGACUACGACUUUGUGCAUCCACCAGAACCGAGUGCGGAAGGCGACAGAGACGGACGAUCUACACCCAUCCAGGUGCAGGGUGUCAGGUUUAUUGCCGGCGACAUCCUCAAGGAUCUAGUCAAAGAGCCCACCACUGAAAAAGAUAAUGAAACUAGUACGAAGUUAAUAUUAUUUGGGUUUUACCUGUUUGUCUACUACACGCAUAUUAUAUAUUUGGAUUAUCUUCAUUUCAGUUUAUCGAACAGCAAGGAGAAUGGCGGAAAAGAGAAGGAGAUCUUCAUGUACGAUGUGAACUCUACAAGAAUUAGCAAGCUGCGCGGAGAACUAAGCUCGGCAUUCGUCGACGUGGCAGAGUCGAACGCGCAGAGCCAAGACCUGGACGGUCUGUCUUCAGCCGCCUCCGCCGCCGCCGCCUCCGCCAGCCAAGAGGAGGAAGAGACCGAAGCUGCCGCCUCCGAGUUCCAAAGCUACAGAAUAGCGUCUCCCGUCUACCAGGCACCGAACAACAUCAAGCUGGCUGGAUUCUCGAACAGAGAUAUCGAUCUGGCAAUGUCCGCCUCCGAGCCUGAGCUCCAGCAAGUUGACCAGGAUACCACUAACUUUGGCGACAAAUUAUCUAUCCUAUCAGGCUACAGCAGGAUGAAAGAGUACUGAUCAUUUAUCAAGCUACAGCAAGAUGAGAUUACUGAAACAAUGAAGACUCUAUGAGUAUUUUCAAAGUAUUUUUGCCAUAGCCACCAUAAUGGCAAGCAGUAAGGCAGUAUGGUGGUGAACAAUGUUACGUCAUGCAAGUGAUGUAUGAUUGUACUGUAUUUAUUUUGAGACUUGUUCUUCACAUGGAUUAUAUUCAAGGCAUUCAAAAGUCAGCCAAUGUCAGUCGAGCAGAAUACCGGUGAGAAGAUUUAUCAUUAUGAUCAAUAUUUAUUAUCUAAAAAAAGAUUAUAUGUUGAUAGUGUUAUACAGAGUGUUUCAGAGAAAAGGGAAAUUUUAGAAGUUGAAUAAUUUCAAGUAAAACAAACCUUUAAAUAAAGUUUUUCAUAUCAUUCAAUAGUAAAAAUAAUGCCAUUUCAGAAUAAAUAAUACCGUAACAUUCAUUUUUUGAAGAUGACAUUUUGCAGGUAUUUUCCUUUUCUAGGCAAACAUUGCUGUAGACUCUUCAUCACAUUGUCCAUGGCUAUUAACGUAACAUUACAACUGGAGUUCGAAAUCGCUUCUUGAAUCUUGGCUUUCAAUUCUUCCGUUGUUGCAGAUUAAAAAGCCAAGAUUAGAGAAGCGAUUUAAAAUUUCAGUUAUAAUGUUACGUCAAACCAUGCAUGGAUAAUUUGAUGAAGAGACUACAGGAAUGUUUGCGUAGAAAAGGAACAUACCUGCAAGAUGUCAUCUUCAAAAAAUAAAUGUUACGGUAUUAUUUAUUCUAAAAUGGCAAUAUUUUUAAUAUUGAAUGAUAUGAAAAACGUUAUUUAAAGAUUUGUUUUACUUGAAAUUAUUCAACUUCCAAAAUUUCCCGUUUCUCUGAAACACUCUGUAUUAGCGAACCAAGGGGGAAAUAUUAGUUCGUUCUUUUUCCUGGUAGGCCUACAAUAUCAUUUUUGUGUGGUUAAAAAGCGUUGAUACUAGUCGUCCAAAUAUCGACGUUACUGCACCAGACUAUAAGAUAUUAAGAAUUAGGACUUACCCAUGCAAGCCCACGUGAUUUAAUGAAUUUAAUGUGACAACACUGUUGGUGUUUGUGGCUGCCUGAACAGUGUUGUCGCAAUGAAUAUAUUCAAUGACUUUGCUUACAAGAGAGAGAGUGACAAUCUGGUAACGUCAAUACUUGGUCGACUGAAAACUCAAAUCUCCACGUAGCUUAUUUUAUCAUAGUAUAUUCAAAAGUUGUAUUUAUUUAAAUGUAGCCUAUCUCUAUAUUAUUCAGGGCAUGUCAAAUAAUACGAGUAGCUCUUGAACUUCUUCCAGAGUGCACUUGAGAAAGAACGUACGAAAGUAGGUAAAACAAUAGAAUAAGAAUAGUGAACCUAUGAUUUUAGAUACAUACCUUUAGUGCCAAUGUUUUCUCUAUGAUGAAACUGGGUGAAGGUUGAAAAUUUCAGUGUAUUGUGCUAAAUUCCAGUAUUACCGUACCACUAUUGAUUAUAUUUACAGUUGCGAGCAAUUAAAAAUCCUUCCAACUUGUUAGUUCCUUAUUGAUAGAACUUGAAUGUAUAAUAUAAUAUUAUAUAAUACGAUACACCAAAAUUCCAUGAAUCAUGUGAAUGAAAUAUUUUUGUGAAUUAGAAGUCUCUUAUGAAAUGAGAAUGAUUAACUGUAAAAAUAUCAUGUGAAUAUAACUUAGAUGUGCUUAGAAAAGUAAAUAAUUUUUACAUUUUUUAUAGAA